AUGAAUUUAAAUGAUAUAAUAUAUAAACAGGUCGGAUGGGGAUACUUUUUAGCAUGGUCACUUUCUUUCUAUCCACAAAAUAUUGAAAAUUUCUGGAGAAAGAGUGUUGUUGGUUUGAGUUUUGAUUUCUUAACUUUGAAUAUUAUUGGACACACUUCCUAUUUGAUUUUUAAUUGUGUCUUGUUUUGGGAUCCUACAAUGAAAAAGCAAUAUGAACUUAGACAUGGCUCAGCAAAUGUUCAAACAAAUGAUGUCUUCUUUUCGAUACAUGCAGUGACUUUGACUGCCAUUACAAUUUUCCAAUGUAUUAUUUAUGAAAGAGGUGGACAAACUAUUUCAGUUCUUGCUAGAGGAAUCAGUUUGACAUUAUUAUUGUCAAUUAGUGUUGCUGUCUUUUUGGCAUUAGGUACUAGAAUUGAAUGGGUUGACUUUUUAAAGUAUUUGGGUAUUGUUAAAUUAAUUGUUACAACUAUUAAGUACAUUCCACAAGCAUUUAUCAAUUACAAGAGAAAAUUAACAAUUGGUUGGAGUAUUGGAAAUAUCUUGUUAGAUUUUUCAGGAGGAGCUCUUUCAAUUUUCCAAAUGGUCAUUGAUGGAAUUAAUACUGGAGAUUGGACACCUUUCUAUGGUGAUUUCGUCAAGACAGGACUUGGAUUCCUUUCUAUUGCAUUUGAUAUAAUUUUCAUGAUUCAACAUUACAUUCUCUAUCGUAAGAAUAAUAAGGAAUAUUAUGCAAAAUUGAGAGAAACUAGGAAAUUAUCCAUGUAUGAGGAGAUGUGGGAAUCAUUCAAGACUAAAUUCCUUUCAAGAUUUAGAAAGAAUAGACAACAAGAACAACAACAUUCUGAGAAUGGUGAAUCAAAUCCAUUAAUUGUUUCGAAUGGUGAAUCUUUGGAACCAAAUAAUGUUCAAUCAUCAACAUAUUAUCAACAAGAAGAAGGAGCAACCAUUUAA